CCAACGUCGAGCUCAAAUCCUUCACAUCUCCGUAUCCUCUGAAUCCUCGCCCUUGUCAGCCAGUCUGCCACCCACUUUGUCACCUUGCAGACGACUAUGGCAGAUAAGGAUGUAGACCCCUUUGCCCACCUCGAAGGGGCUUCGUCUUUCAGUGGCGUGGCUCCGUCAUCACAGGCGGCCCCUUCGUCCGAGUACUCGUACGCCGAGUCGUCGGCCACUACGUCGACUACUACGGGUGCAGCUGGAGGCAAUUCCGCCAAGAAUGGCAGCAAGCCUCAUGCUCACGCUCAUCACCAUCAUCAGAAGGCGGAUCUUGACCUCGAUCUCGCCGCACUGGAUGACCUCUCCCUGGAUCAGCGCAAUGGCAAUGGACAACUGGUGCAUCGCGAUGAUGACGAGGAAGAGAUGGACGAGCUGCCAGAACAUGCCUGCGCUUACUGUGGUGUGCACAACACGAGCUGUGUAGUCAAGUGCAUGGGAUGCAACAAGUGGUUCUGCAACUCCCGCUCCCUCCUCUCAUCCUCACACAUCGUCCUUCACCUCGUACGCUCUCGUCACAAGGAGGUCACUCUGCACGCGGAGUCCCCCUUGGGAGAGACGACGCCUGAAUGCUACAACUGCGGGGCCAAGAAUGUCUUCCUUUUGGGAUUCAUUCCUGCAAAGGGCGAGAGCGUCGUGGUUUUGCUCUGUCGUCAGCCUUGUGCUGCUCUGCCUACGUCCAAAGAUAUGGUCUGGGACACGAGUCUUUGGUCUCCCCUCAUCGCCGAUCGCUCCUUCCUGUCGUGGCUGGUCAAGGUCCCCACAGAAGCUGAACAGCUGCGAGCUCGUCAGAUCUCGUAUCACCAGAUCAAUCGCCUCGAGGAGCUGUGGAAGGAAGGCAAGGCAAAGGCGACGCUCGAGGACCUCGAUCGCCCCGACAACAAUGACGAGGAGCCAGCCGGCAUCUUGCUCCGAUACGAGGAUGCCUACCAGUACCAGAACAUCUUUGGCCCCCUCGUCAAGAUCGAGGCCGACUACGACUGCAAAGUCAAAGAGAGCCAAACGCAGCACAAUCUCGUCGUGCGCUGGGAUCAAGGUCUCAAUAUGAAAAAGAUCGCCUGGUGCACACUUCCUGGUCUCGAAAGCGGCGAGGUUCGUCUAGCAGUAGGCGACGAGCUCAAGCUGCGCUACGAGGGAGAGCUGGCUCCACGCUGGGAGGGACAGGGCCAUGUCAUCAAGAUCCCCAACAACGUCUCGGACGAAGUGGCCAUCGAGCUGCGACGCAACGAUGGGGUGCCCGAGCAUUGCACGCACAAUUUUGCGGCCGACUUUGUUUGGAAGUCCACCUCCUUUGACCGUAUGCAGUCGGCCAUGAAGACAUUCGCUGUGGACGAGCAGAGUGUAAGUGGCUUCAUCUACCACAAGCUGCUGGGCCACGAUGUCGAGCCCACCUCGCUCCGCACGUCUAUGCCCAAGCGCUUCUCCGCUCCAGGGCUGCCAGAGCUCAAUCACAGCCAAGUCAGCGCCGUCAAGUCUGUUCUGCAGAAGCCCCUCAGCCUCAUCCAAGGGCCACCAGGAACGGGCAAGACGGUCACGUCUGCCACAAUCGUCUAUCAGCUGAGCAAGAUGAACCCAGGUCCUGUCCUCGUCUGCGCCCCCUCGAACGUCGCCGUCGACCAGCUCACCGAGAAGAUCCACGCCACUGGCCUCAAGGUCGUCCGCCUUACAGCCAAAUCUCGGGAAGCUUUGGGGAGCAGCGUCGACUUCCUGACCCUCCACGAGCAAGUAGCGAACAACGACCACCAUACUGAGCUGCAGAAGUUGAUCCAGCUCAAGAACGAGCAAGGAGAGCUGAGCAGCAACGACGAGCGCAAGUACAAGGCGCUGGCUAGGACAAGCUCAAGUUCAGGACCGUGCUUGUUGAUGAGGCUACGCAGGCUGCUGAGCCUGAGUGUAUGAUCCCGUUGGUGCUGGGCUGCAAGCAGGUCGUCUUUGUCGGUGACCACCUCCAGCUCGGCCCAGUCAUCAUGAACAAGAAGGCAGCACGCGCCGGCCUAACACAAUCCCUCUUCGAGCGCCUCAUCGUCUUAGGCAACAAGCCUAAUCGCCUGGAAGUGCAGUACCGCAUGCACCCGUGCCUCUCCGAGUUUCCCUCAUACAUGUUCUACGAAGGCACCCUUCAGAACGGCGUGACCGCUCCCGAGCGUCUGCGCAAGUCGGUCGACUUUCCCUGGCCCGUUCCUACACUGCCCAUGUUCUUCUUCCAGAAUCUAGGACAGGAGGAGAUCAGUAGCUCGGGCACGAGUUUCUUGAAUAGGACAGAGGCCAGCAACGUGGAGAAGAUUGUUACGAGCUUCUUCAAGGCGGGGGUCACGCCC